UACAAUAACACGGAAGUAGGCACCGCAACCACUACCGAGUCAACUUCAGUUGACUUCACACGUGGGAAGAGAGAAUUAAGAGUGGCGUAGGAAAACAUGUCGAAAAGCAAUGAUGUGAGCAACGCUUCUAAACCGGGGAACGUAGUGGAAGACGGCCAGGACCCACCGCCCAUGACCACGCGGACCCGAAGCGGCCGAGUGGUGCGUCGCCCCUACGCACUCCAAAGCUCUGAAACUCCGGUAAGGACUCCCAGCAGGAGGACCAGAAGGUCCGUAAUAACAGAACAGAAUGAGCUGGAGGAACAGGCACCGAAGCCGGUUGAGGAGAAUCCUACUGCGAGUGUCGUCCAAGAAACGGUACAGGAGAAGCCCGCAGUGUGUGGUGAAUCGGAGACGGUGGAAAAGCCCGCCGUAGGUGUCGAACCGGAGCCUGAGCCUCGUACAGACGCUGCAGCAGAGGUUGACACAGUACCCACAACCGCUCCAGUAGAAAGAGCACCAGCGACCCCUCAGACGGAGUCGCAACCUCCUCAGACGGAGUCGCAAUCUCCUCAGACGGAGUCGCAACCUCCUCAGACGGAGUCGCAACCUCCUCAGACGGAGUCGCAAUCUCCUCAGACGGAGUCGCAAUCUCCUCAGACGGAGUCGCAAUCUCCUCAGACGGAGUCGCGACCCCCAAAGACGGAGUCGCGACCCCCAAAGACGGAGUCGCAACCUCCUCAGACGGAGUCGCAACCUCCUCAGACGGAGUCGCGACCCCCAAAGACGAAAUCGCAACCCCCUAAAACGGAGUCGCAACCCCCUAAGAAGAAGCCUCGCCGGGGAACUAAUGUGAAAAAGACUGUAGUGAUUCCUCUGGGGAAGCCAAAAUCAGGACGAGUGUGGAAGAACCGCAACAAACAGAGGUUCUCUGCGUUAGUGCGAGAUGCGGCGCUGUGCACCUCCUGGGAGAAAAAGAUGCAGGCCAAGCGAGAGAAGCAACUGGUGCAGAAGUACUCGUCGGAACUAAAAGAUCAGAAAGCCCAAGCGAAAGAGGAAAAGCGGAAACGGCGAGAGGAGAACUUGAAGCGGCGCGAGGAGAACGAACGCAAAGCGGAGGUCGUGGAAGUGAUCCGAAACACGGCAAAGCUCAAGAGGAUGAGGAAGAAGCAGUUGAGGAAGAUCGAGAAGCGCGACACACUUGCACUGCUGGAAAAGUCCAACAACAACGAGAAGAAGCAGAACCAAAAAAACAACAACAAAGCUAAGCGAGCAAAAAACAACAAAAGCGAAAAUCUGAUUUAAAGACGUCUCCAUUUUGUUUCUCCCCUGCAUUUAUUUUGGACAGAGGACCUAUGUACACAAGAGCUUUAAAGCUUUCUUUUUGACAGUGGGAAGCAAAACAUUGAAAAUAUUCUGCACAAAUAAUGCAAUUGCUGCUGUACAUGUCCCUCAAGUUUGGUUUCGCCCAGUGAUUUUUCUACUUGCAGACCUUUCUAUUAAAUGAAGUUAUCCCUGAA